GUGUUCGGCCAUGCAGCAGGGAUAACGCUGCCUAGCUAUAGCUGGGUCACUCGCUAGAAAGCUACGCGCUAGCAUAAGCUAAGCUCACUCUGCGGUAUAACCUCGAGACAAGUCGGGACAAGACCAGUCUCAGGGCUCACCAUACUAAAUGAGCGGACAGCGCAAUGUCAGAGCGCUCUGGGCAAACUGCAAAGGGGAAGGAAGGCAAAACCAAGUAUGCGUCUCUCAACCUGUUUGAUACAUACAAAGGAAAGAGCCUUGAAACACAAAAGCCUGUUGUUCCCCCCCGCCAUGGCCUGCAAUCUCUUGGUAAAGUUGCCUCCGCACGGCGUAUGCCACCCCCUGCCAACCUGCCCAGUCUGAAGGCAGAGAACAAAGGCAACGACCCAAACGUCUCGCUCGUUCCCAAAGACGGCACAGGAUGGGCAAGCAAACAGGAACAAGCAGACCCAAAGAGUACCGAUGCCUUGUCAGCACCGCAGCCGGAAUCGCCGCAGCCUGUGGAUUCACAGACACCUGCACCGACCCGCCCGAGAACCCCGCCAGCUUCAGAGGCUCUGGCCCCAGCUUCAACCCAGGCCGUAGGGGCAAGGUCCUGGGCACAGGCCAGUGUUACACUUGGAACACAAGGGGAUGGUGGAAGGGUAUCAAACCAACGGUCGCCAUUCUCUCGCGAGGAAUUUCCCACCCUGCAGGCGGCUGGCGACCAGGACAAAGCUGGCAAAGAACAGGGCACUGCAGAUCAGUGGUAUGGGCCCGGACCAAACCUCCGCCCCCCGAACGUUACAAGCUGGCGGGACGGUGGGGGCCGAGCCAUGGCACCCACCCUGCCUGGGGAGGGGGCAGCGGAGGGUGGCACUGGUGGGGCUUUGGUGAUGGAUGGGACAGCUCCGAACUCCCAGACCCUUGGGCCACCUAGGAACCCUGCAGGCAACCCCGCCUUGCCUCUGCCCCAGCCCGGUGUGGGGCCUGGGUUCCCCCAAUAUCGGGGGAUCAUGCCUCCCUUCAUGUAUCCUCCAUAUAUGCCCUUCCCAGGCCCUUAUGGCCCUCAAGGGCCCUACAGGUACCCGCAACCUGGGGAAGGGCCUCCAAGGUUCGCUCAGCGCCAAGGUGGUCCAGACAGCAGGUCUCAGGGUGGUCGAGAACAAGGUGGAGAGGUUGUGAAGCGACCACCCAUCCUAAAGCAGGAUGACCUGAAGGAGCUUGACGAGCUGGACCAUGACGGAGAUGAGGGCUGGGCAGGAGCCCAUGAGGAAAUUGAUUACUCUGCCAAGUUGAAGUUUAGUGAUGAUGAAGGAGAAGAAGAGGCAGAAGAGGAGGGAACUGAGGGCAAGAAUGACCAAUGUGAGCUGGAAGGCCCCCUUGCAACCUCUCGAUCCUCGGACAGUGGAGGAGACAACCGCUGCACCCCUCCCUCUAAUACUGACAAUGGCCCCCAACCUCCCUCCGGCAAGCCAGGAAGGGCCGAGGAGGGAGGCAGUGGCUACGGUGGCCAGGGAGCACCCUCCAACUACCAGGGGCGCAGGCCUGGAUUGGGUGGUCCCAGGGAGCAGCCCUCCCCCCCACCUGGGCCGCUCCUCGGACAAGGGCCCUACUCCUUUUACCGACAGGUAGAUUUUCAGGACCGGACCCACAACCAGGGUGCUCCUGUAGGCCCUGGGAAACCUGGCACCACCCAGCAUCAGCCUGCAGCAGGGGGCCCAAUUCCUCCUUCCCAGCCAUCCGCCCAGGGGGAGGAUGAGGAUGAGACAUGGCGUCAGCGCAGAAAGCAGUCCUCCUCUGAGAUAUCUGCUGCCGUAGAGCGAGCACGUCGCCGGCGUGACGAGGAAGAACGUAGAAUGGAGGAGGAGAGACGUGCAGCCUGUGCCGAGAAGCUUAAGAGGCUGGAUGAGAAGCAGCAACAGCAGCAAGAAAGCAACACGGGAGUUGGUGGUAGCAGCAGUCAAACCCCCAGCCUUGAUGAAAACUCAACUGUUGCCACAGCAUGCAGCCCAAGUCCAUCUAUUUCAGCAUCUGCCUCCUCCCCCAACAUCAGCCAGCCACCGUCCCCUUGUGUGGACCCUGAGGAGGCUCCAGUGCUGGUUGUCCAACCAGUGUCCAGUCCCGGAGUCGGUGAGAGACAGCGAGCAAACAGCAACAGCAGCUAUGACUCCAAUGCAGAUGCACAACCAUGUCCUCAGCUAGCUGUGUCACAGCCUCAGCAGCCCACACUGGACGUACCUGUGCCAGUAGAGAGUAAGGAAGAGACCAUUGUUGUUCCUCACGUUCGUGCAGGAAGUGGAAGUGAAAGAGGAAUUGACCCAGUGAAGAUCGAGAAUACUGGAGGGACAGCAGGUCGUCAAGCUGGUGGUCCUACUGGUCAGGGUUACUCAAAGUACCAGAAGUCUCUUCCACCUCGAUUUCAGAGGCAGCAGCAGGAACAGCUCCUGAAGCAGCAGCAGCAGUGGCAGCAGCAGCAGCAACAUAGCCAGGCAUCACAAAGCCAGCUGUCUCCUCAGCCGCAGCCUCCACAGGGUCCUUCACCGGGUUCAACGCCGCAGCCAGGACCUGGACCCAAGCAGGGUGGACCCAUGUAUCAGCCUACCAAUAUGGUUCGACCCCCACCCCUGCCAAUGAAUUUUGACCCACGCUGGAUGAUGAUGCCAUAUAUGGACCCACGCAUGAUGCAAGGUCGCCCUCCACCCAUGGAUUACUAUUCAGCUGGCAUGCAUCCAUCUGGGCUCAUUGGGCGGGAGCGGUCUGAUUCAGGGGGAUCUGGUUCAGAACCCUUUGACAGGCAACAGCAGCAUCCAGGCCACCCCCACCGGGGGACCCCCCCUAUGGAUCCCAAACUGGCCUGGGGGCCAGAGGUAUUCCCUGGCGCAGGGGAAGGUCGUGGGCUAACCUCCCCACUGAGGCAGAAGCAGGCAUUGGAGGAAGAUGAUAUGGCCAAAGGUCCCAGGAGCGACACUCCUCCGCACCGCAUGCGAGAGGGUGGAUUGGGAUCCAUCCAGCAGCCCAGCUCCAACUCUGGGACAUCCAAUCAGACACCUCCUCCUGUAGGUGCUCAAGUGGGCUCCCAGGGAGGCAGCCACCAUCCUCAUCACUACAUGGGUGCCCGGGGCAAUUAUAGCAACUUUGCUGACCAGGGUGUAAGGAUUCCUCCGCACCAACAGCAACAGAGGGCGAGUGAUAGGGGAAGCCAGCAACAUGGCUUCACCCACCAGGAUGAGGGGCCUCACCGUGGAUCUCAGCAGGGCCAGGUAUGGGGAGCCCAACACCCGCAUUAUGAUCGCAAUGGUCGUGCAGACCUCCCUCCUGGUGAAAGCAACUCUCACCUCCACCACCAUCACGGCCACCACCCUCAGCAGCCUCACUUCCCCCUCAACCCCCAUAAGCCUGAGAGCAACCGUGACCGGGUUGUUGAGACCACUGCUAAGAAAACCGACUCCUCUCCCACUCUCCACCAACCGUCCCUCUCAUCUUCCUGCUCUUCUUCAUCCUCCUCCACUUCUGCAAGGGAAGAUGGGAGUGUGAAAGCUGUUCUGCUUCAUCACCCAUCUCAGAGAGAGGGUGAGGCUGGCAUCGGUCACAUUCUUAAUGAAAGAAGCAACAGUGGUAAUGCUGGUAGUAGCAGCCAUGUGAAACAGGAGAAAUCAGGCCCAGCAUAUGCUCCUCAUUCCUCAGUCGCCUCCAGUUCCCCUCCCGCUCAUCACAGCAGUCAUACGCAGCAGCAGCAGCAGCAGCAGCAGCAGCAGCAGCAGCAGCAGCAGCACCAACAUCCACAUCCCCAUCCUAAAGCAAACCAAAGAGGGGGACGAGAGCAUAAGACAGAGACCCAGUGGGGCCCCCGACCAGGUGGCGGCAGAAUGGAUGGGGGUUCCAAUCAUGGCAGGAGGGCCAAUCAUGCUGGAGGUGGGAACCACUCCCGUGGAGGGGACGACUCCUCCCACAUUCCUUCAGACCACAAAUCCGCCAAUCAGACAGGGGGCAACAAGAGAGCUGGCCCCAUCAAGAAGCCGGUGCCUAAGGAAAUGAAGAGAGAGGGAGGGGAAGUUGAUGGAGGAGAAAAAGCAAACCCAGGCUUUACGAAAGAUAAGGAGCAAGAUGGCGGACAACUGUCCUCCACCAAGCAGGAAGCUUCCCAGAACACAUCAGCUCCAUCUAAGGACGAGACUGUCCAAACAGCCAAACCCAGGAAUGGAGGAAAAGAACGAUCCACCGGAGGAGGUGGGGGAGGGUCAGGUAGAGGGCCCAAAGAUGCAGAAAUCAACUCCUCAGGAUUUUCCGGGUCUUCAAGAAGGGACAGAGACCGCUCCUUUGAACAAGGAGGAAACACCCCCCAUCACCAUGGAAUUCCUGCUAAAGGCAACAGAGCUGGUCGUGGACGAGGUGGAGAGUUCUACGGGCGUGGACGUGGCUUUCGUGGCACCUACACGGCCAGUGCUGGGCCCACUGCUGCCAGUCGUGGAAGAAUGAGCAGCAGGAGCGGCAGAGACUACCGGCCAUCUGUUGGUGGUGGGGGCCACCACCAGGAGUCCAAGGGUGAGGGGCCUGGUGGCAGGCACGGUCAGGAUCGUUCCCACCAUAAUCCAGCCAGGGCCAGGAACCGAAGUGAAACACGUAGUGAGGGUUCAGAGUAUGAGGAAAUCCCAAAGAGACGGAGGGAGCGAGGUUCAGAGACUGGCAGUGAGAGUGGUGCAAGUGAACACGGUCACUCAGACAAGGACGACAACCAGAAACCCAUCACCAAGAAUGUCUCCAAUAAUGCAAACACCCCUGGAAGCGGCCCCAUGUCAUCUGCACCACCCAGAGGUUCACAGGCCCGGGUCUUCACCCCCAGGGGUGUACCCUCUAGGAGGGGCAGGGGUGGAGGUAGUGGAGGAGGAAACGUCUACAGGAGUACCGGCAAUGUUGGAGGACCACCGGGAGGACACAGAGUUGGACACAGCAUGGGUUCUCAUGGUGGGUCCUCAAAGCCAUCAGCUCCAGGCCGGAAACCGCAAGGUCCGCCGCAAAGCUCUGGUCCCAAAGAUCUGGGCCGGGGCGGAAAUGGUGGAGAAAAAAAGGACAAGAUAGCUGAUGCUGGUCAAGCUCAAACUCAGGGGACCAAUCCCCCUCAGCCAUCUUUACCUGCCACAACUCCUGCCACAUUAAGUUCCACUGAAAAUGGAGGGGUUGUGGCUCCACAAGCUUCAACCAACCCUACAUCAAUCCCUGGUGGGCCAAAUGCGCUCCCUCCUCCUGAUAACCGUGGGUUCCCUCCCAGUGGCUUUGAGCGACCCCCUAGACGCCGCCGUCAUGGUCGUUCACAGCAUCAGCAGGACAAGCCGCCUCGCUUCCGGAAACUGAAGGAGCGAGAGAAUGCUGCCCGAAUCAACGGAGGAGUUGGGGUCAUUGGUGGUGGAAGGCCCUCAUCGCCUUCCCUGAAUUCAGUUCAGGACAGUAAUGGAGCCCCUGUCUCAGCUCCCAUGACAGGCAAUUCCCAAAAUGCUAACCACAAUGCCACAGUAACACCCAACAAUAACAGUGGUGGAGGGCAUAUUGGUAAUUCAAACAGUCACCACAAUCACCACUACAACCAGGGCAAUGCUGGGACAACCCACCCCCAGCACCACCACAGCCAUGGAGCAAAGUCCCCUGACUUCACCAACCAGAACUCCGACCAGGCCAACGAGGAGUGGGAGACCGCCUCCGAGAGCAGCGACUUCACAGAGUUCAGAGACAGGGAGGGAGGAGGAGGGAAGUCAUUUUCCUCUCACCAUCAUCACCACAUGGGAAGGGGAGGAGGGGGCAGCGGAGGAGGAGCUGUGGUCGAGCGAGAUAUGGCGGGAAAAGAGCCUGCGGCGAAUAAAAGAAGCUUCUCCAGCCAGCGUCCUGGCAUGGAGCGACAGAACCGGAGGGUCAACCCUGGAGGCGGAGGAGGUGGCAGAGGCCCACGUGGCCCACCUGGUGGUGGUGGUGGUGGAGGUGGAGGCGGGCCUGGUAACGGAGGUGGCAACCGCGGGGAGAGGCGUGGCAACUGGCCCUCCCCGAAAAAUAGGAAAUGAUGGAUUUAUUCAAAACAUUUCAGAAGUACCCCACCCACCUUGAAACCCACCAUCCUACAUCCUGAACCCUUUUGAUCAUUAUUUGAUGGUUUAUCUGUUGGCUUCCCUAAACACAUUAGUGUAUUGUACAGUACAUGGAGAUGGUAUUCACCUUCACUUUAGCUGCCCUCCACCUUCCCCUGUCAUCUCUUUUCCUUUUGCAUCAAUCAACUAUUUACCGUCCGUUAUUGUAAAUUCCUCCAUUUCUUCCGUCUUGCCCCCCCAACCCCCAUCCCCCCUAUCCUCCCUCAAGAGUCUCACCCCAGUUGGAUUUAAUGAGCAUGAGGUUCUGAGAUGGAGGUGCAUGUCGUUUUGACUGCAAGACGUUCACACUGAUCUCCACACAUACUCACAUAAACAAGCACAAAUAUAACAUCUUAAAAAAAAUUCUAAAAAAACAUGGAACACAUGCAGUCCUGUGGGUGCAAAAAGAAACUGUGGGAUUAAAUUGGCAAAAAUGGAUUUGAAUCAGGCUAAUUUUUAUAUUUAUGUACCUGUGUGUAUUUCUACCACACUUUGGCCUUGGGUGGUAUUUGGUAGUGCAGUCCUGCAUCACUUGCCUCACAAAGGGAAAGAGUGCAGCUUCACCUUUUAAGAACAAUGUACCAUAAGAGGUUUUGUUUCCGAGUAUUUUUUUUUGUUUCCUUUUCGUGUCAGUCGAGCUUCAACCUCUGACGAACGGCAGGGGUGUGUGUUUUUUCUUCAGCAAAGCAGGUCAUUAAAAAAAACCUUUUUACAAAAUUCCCCUAUUCCUCCUCUGGGAGACUUUUUGGUCUCCUGAAAAGUAUGUCUGAUUACUGUGGUAAGACCCAUGAAUAACUACUGCUCAGUGCUAACUUACACCUGUGUUUAUUUGUCUUUAAUAUCUGUGUCUCUGCUGCUUGUUCAAAAAAGACGGUGUGAAUUAUUUUCCCCCUUCAAGUUUUUGACCUGCUUUCAUAUUUCAUUAGCUGUUAUUGGUUGGUCUGGUUCUUUUGGCUGGGAGUUUUUUUUUUUUUCGGGGCCUCAUCGUAGCAUCGUCCUCGCCUGCAGAAUUUCUGCGUCAGCAAAAAUCAACCUUUCCCCCAGUGAAAUAGUUUUACUCUCUCUCAUUCAUGAGUUUUGUUUAACCUAUGAAGACUAUUAACAGCGUGAUGGCUUUAUUUUAACAACCAUUAUUUCCUCAGUAACUUACAUUUUUUUAUGGAAACCGUUAUUUUCCCCUCUCUUAGUUGAAUAUCUGAUCUUUUCAGGGGCGAAAUGAGUUUAAUGAAAAUGUAGGUCCUGAUUAGAAUAAAUUAAAAAAAAGUUUGACUUUUCAUGAAUUUGUUUAUGCUUCAGUAGAUAAUUGAUCAUGUUCUAAUAAGCACUCCUUAGUAUAAAAAAAAAAAAAUCCACGGUUGCUGGGUUUUUUUCCUCCUUUUUCUUUGUGUUUAAUGAUUUUGGGCAAGUUACAUGUGAAGCAACAAGACAGGUACUCUGUCUGGGCCCAGAGUACAGAGCCAAGCUGAGUAUUGUACUUUUACAACCCCCUCUGCUCGUGCCGCGACGCACUCUCUGUGCUUUAGUGGAGACUCCUCACAUCAAGGAGGACGACUACCUUGUCUGUGGAAGUAUUUUUUCGAAGUGUGUGUUCUCGGGAUUUCUGUCCAAGUACACGGUGGCAACCAGUAGCUCAGACCAAUUGAAUUCAGGACUUUGCUGAAAAGGCGACCGACGUGUCACCUUCUGCUGUUCUCCACACAGUUUUCCAAGAAAUAAUGCCGACCUGGAGUGUUGAGGGAAUAUUGGAUUGAUGUAGGAUUGCACGUGUAAACAUAGUUUGCAUCACAUAAAAGACGUAAAAUGGCAAAAAAAAAGAAAGAAAGACCGGAGACAACAUUCAAGGUGUAAUAAAUCAAUAACUCAUCUGUACCAAUUCUGUCACUGCUGUAAGUUGGGGUUUGUUUGUUUACUGACAACAGUUUGGAGGUCGUUUCUGGGAUGUUGUGAGUUGGGCAUUUGAUGAUUUGUGUGCUUGUGUGUAUGUGUAUGGCAUGUGUGCGGCAUGUGUGCAUUUUCCAGUGUCUGUGUAAUUACUCGGGAAGGGGUGGGGACCAGAGGGUUAACAUGAAUGGCAAGCACUUUCUGCCUUGUUUGCCCCCACUUGAUUUGGCCAAUAUUAAGAUAUUUUGCCGUUUCUUAAAUACAUCCACAUAUAUAUACAUUCAGCUGUGUGUAUAUGUUCAUCCAAAUGAAGGACACGCAGUAGAGAACUUCACCAGUUUUUUGUAGAAUUUAAGCACAUUCUUCAGCAGGCAAGUGAAGUUGGACAUAUUUUAUUUUUCACUAUGACUUCUAAGCAUGAACACACACCCAUGGGUGCAGCUUGCCUUGCCUGUUACUGGUUUAUACAUUGAUAGCUGUACACUUAACACUGGCUCAAAGAGUCCUUCAUCCCUCCUUAACUCUUAAUGUUGAUGUGCGCAUUAUUGUAUGUACCCAUGUUAAAGGAAAACAAAAGUAGUGUAUUCCAGAAGAUUACUCAAAAGAUUGUACUUUGUUUCCAGCAUUACCAAGGUACCUGGAGUGGUUCAGACUGUUUUUAGCAUUUAUGGUUUUAUUAAUGGAACUGUAAUAUACACACAUGUAUGUAUAUUGGUAUGUAUCUAAGUUUGUCUACCCCAACUUACAUUCCCACAAACAAAUGUUGCCAUUUUUAGUUCAAGGGAGCAAUGUACAAGCAGAGAAGUGUCUUAUUAUAAUAAAGUUAUACAGAGAAGGCAAAGUUAAAUAAACUACUUUUGAUUUAAUGGAA